AUAUAAUAGCUCUGUAGGUCCAUACAACACAAGCCAACAAAGUCCAAAGGUUCAAAGCUCUAACAAGCACAUAAAGGUAACAUAAGGUAAUCCUUAAGUGGUUUUAUUCAUAUCUUCUGAAGAAAUCUAUGGUGAGAACAGACCAAAAUGUAACUCCUUUUUCACUAUAAAUCUUGCAAUUGCAGUCUACAGGAAAGAUUGCCAAUGAGACUGUUGAUGUCAAAAUUUACAGUAAAAAAAAAAAAAAGGAUGCUAUCUUUAUGUGCUUUUUGAGCUUCGAGGUUUUGUACCGUGAUGACUUGCAUUGUAUAGAACUACAGAGCUGAGGUAUUCUUCUAAAAAUCUUCAUUCGUGUUCUGCAGAAGAAAGAAAGUCAGACACAUCUGGGGUGGCAUGAGGAACGUGAUCGUGAUCGUGGUCGAGUGAAAAAUAGAGUGAACAUCGGCAAGGCAUUUGAUUCCUAGAGGGACCUUUGUUCGGUUUUGGGGAUCAAAACCGACCCUGAAUUGGCGUUCUUCUUAUUGGACAGUGCCUUCAGUGACUUCCCCCGUGUAUAACUAUGAAGAGUCUAGAUCUCAACCAGAAUUUCAACGCCUCCUGCACCAAUCUCUAUGACCAUCGUUCAGUGGCCCGGGUUCUUAUCCCUCUGGUCUAUUCCAUCAUAUGUCCAGUGGGUCUUUUAGGCAAUGCCUUGGCUCUUCAUGUGACCCUCUCCAACCUUACCAAGCUCAACUCAACCACGCUCUAUUCUGCCAACCUAGCUGUCUCUGAUAUCCUUUUCUGCCUGUCUCUCCCUCUACGAGCCGUUUAUUAUGGCCUUGGCUUCCACUGGCCCCUGGGGGAAGGGCUAUGUAAAGCCAUAGCACUGCUCUUCUAUUUGAACUGCUACGCUGGGGUUAACUUUAUGACAUGUCUGGCAGUUGAUCGUUUUGUGGCACUGGUGUUACCCAGGAUGGAGAAAAUGAGAAAGGUGAAGAAUGUGCAGUUUGUGUGCCUGGCCAUAUGGCUGCUGGUGUUGGCCCAGACGCUGCCUCUCCUGGGCAGCCAAAUGACCAAAAAGGAACCUGACAAUACCAUCACCUGCAUGGAAUACCCCAAUUUUGAGAGUGCAAUUGAAGGACUACCCUACAUGCUGAUUGGGGCAGUAGUUUUAGGCUUUGGUGUCCCGGUGGGAACAAUCAUUGCUUGCUAUUCUAUAUUGACCUAUAAGCUACAUCUAAUGGCAAAGUCUAACCAGCUGACAAAGCGUUCUGGGAGGGCCAAAAAAGCAAGAGGAGUGAUUGCAGGAGUGGUUUUUGUGUUUUUGGUGUGUUUCAGCCCGUAUCAUCUAGACCUACUGCAAUACAUGAUUCGGAAACUUCUCUAUAAACCAGACUGCACUGAGCUUCAGUCCUUCCAGAUAUCCCUGCAUAUUACAGUAUGUCUUAUGAACCUAAAUUCAUGCCUGGAUCCAUUUGUUUACUUCUUUGCUUGUAAAGGUUACAAGCAGAAAGUGAUGAGGAUGAUGAAGUGGCAGGUUGGCACCCACUUCUCCAGUGUUGGAAGGACUUCGCCUGAAAGUUCAGGCACUGGAGAUCAACAUGUCACCCGCCGCAACAACAGGAUAACAAUGAACACUAUUAGAGAAGGUCAGUGAAACUGUUCCGGACAUUAAGCUGCAUGUGACAAUCUCAUAAGGUGAUGAAAAGCAAUCAUCAACUCACAUAUUGGGCUAAAAAGGGCUUUGCCAACGCUUGUGUUCAUUAACAGAGACUUAAAGGUGCACUCAGAAAGUUCUCAGUUACAGAUACCAUUGUAAAAAUGCUGACACAAACCCACUUCUCCAUUCCUUCAUGAAUGCACAUUUCAUGCAACAGGUGGACAAUGUACUACAGCUGGCAUCAAAGUGGAGUUGAACAAGUACUGUACAUGCUGCAAAAAACUUAAACAAUGAUGUAAAUAUCUGCCAAUAAUUAAUUCAUAUGUGUAAGUGUAAAGUUAGAACAGCUAAGGGUAUGUAUGUACAAUAAAUAAUCCUUUCUGUCCUUAGAUCUCGCCUCUCUACUAUGGGUGGCAGGUCAUUCAGCGUAGUAACACUCCCUCUGACUCUUUGCAGCAUCUCUUCUAUCUCUGAGUUUAAAUCUCAACUUAAAACUUUUGUUUUCUCAGUGUUAUUUGUCUUAAUGUGUUAUGUAUUCACUCUCAAUGACUGUACUAUCUGAACUGUGUUUUUGUGGCUGUUCAUUGUUUAUGUAUUAUUGUGUUACUAUUGUAAAGUACUACUGUAUUAUUAUAAGCUUUCCUAAAAGCCAAAUACAGCAUUUGCACAAUCAAAGCAGUUUCGAUUGUGAAAAAGGGAGUGUGUGGAUGAAACAACAGAGAUGUCAAAAGUCAUGCCGGGAGACGAUGACAUUUAAAGGCUGAUAGACAUGGUAAUUUUCAUCAAAAUCUAACUCAAUCUUCUUUCAAGAUGCGUGAUAUAUUUUUAGUGCUAUUAGUACAAGAUUAUCAAGCCAGAGGUCAUAUCAAACCUUCUCAUCAAGAGAACAAACAGUUCUAUACCAGCUCCUUGUAAGGAGUAGCCUGAGAGCUAUUGCAAAGGAAGUAGCUUGAUAUAAGAGUGUACUGAAUUUUAAGAGUUGUUACUGCAAUACUCAGAAGACCUUGCUAUUUCAAGAUACACAUAUUGCUUUCAUAGAUGAGAAGUUGAGUUGUCAGUGGAGAAACCUUACACAACCAUGAAAUGAGGAAAGAAGGUUCAUCUAAAAAGACAAUCUGAUAAUAAAUGCAUAAAACAAUUCUGGUCCUCGAAUCUGAUUGGCCAAGCACUCUUCUAUUUUGUAUAACAGCAUGUUUUCAGGGACAAAGGCCAUUUCAAUAGCCCCUUUCACACAUUCAGCCUUUUCCAGAGGUAAUUUUCAGGUCAGAGGUCAUGUGUGAACACACCCCUUUUGAAAAUACUGGUAAAAUGUGCUCUGGCAAUGUCCCUUAAUGAGAAGUAGUACCAUUAUCUAUAAAUAUCCAUAUUGAUGGUAUGUUUGAACAGAGCUAUAAGAUUACCGGUUUCAGUUCCUACGAGGUCAGGUCAUGCUGACGCAAUAAAAUUCUGACGGAGAUGACAAAUUUACUCUGACACAGUUUGGUCAGAUAGUGAAACUAGAGUGCUUCUCUUCAUCCGAGCGAAUGAAGACAUUUUCCGACAGCUUAAAGGAACAGUAAGUGAUUCCGUUACGUAUGAUAAAAUCAACAGCCUACUUUGGGAACACGCAGACCACUAAGUAGCAAUAUACAUAGUGAUUACUGUGCUUUUCAUCCGCAGAUGGUGUCUCCGACUUCGGAUGCUAGUGACAGCAUUUUAUUCUCUGUAGUUCAUCAGACUUAUUUGAAGUCAUCGCAUAUGAUGUCCUUAUGUCUCGUGCUACUGCAUAAAACAUUUUUUUUUCCCCCCAAUUUGGAAUGCCCAAUUCCCAAUGCACUCUAGGUCCUCAUGGUGGUGUAGUGACUUGCCUCAAUCCGGGUGGCGGAGGACAAAUCUCAGUUGCCUCCGCGUCCGAGACCAUCAACCUGUGCAUCUUAUCACGUGGCUUGUUGAGUGCGUUACCACGGAGACAUACGCGUGAGGAGGCACCGCGGCAUCCAUGCACCCCUCCGAGAGCGAACCACAUUAUAGUGACCACGAGGAGGUUACCUCAUGUGACUAACCUCCCUAGCAACCGGGCCAAUUUGGUUGCUUAGAAGACCUGGCUGGAGUCACUCAGCAUGCCCUGGGAUUCGAACUCGCUAAUUAGCGAACUCCAGGGGUGAUAGUCAGCGUAUUUACUCACUGAGCUACCCAGGCCCCUGCUACUGCAUAACAUUAAACAUUUGCCAAAAAACUUAAAACAUCACCAACAUUACCAACCACAUAUGUUCAGAAUUCAGAUACAAAAUAAUACCCCACCAUCUUUUCAAACAAAAAGGCUGCAAAAGGCGCAGCCGUGUAGAUGUCUUUUCCGGAAAACAACGUCACAGAGUUUAACGGCAUUUGGUGCUGAUGUGUGAAUGGUACUAGCAAAAUAGAAAAAACACGGAAAGUUGUUGCAUGUGUGAAUAGUACAUGUGGUACAUUUACAAAUAAAGGCAACGGUUUUCCUGUAAUUUAACUUGUUGCAUGUGUGAAAGGGGCUAAUAUUUCAGAUUGGCUUUCAGUCUGUGUGUUGCUUGAGACAUGCAAACCUUGUUACUUUGGCUUCUUUUGGAACUAUUUUCAUUGCCGGAUAAGAAUUAGACAAACUAACUUGCCAAUUUUCGUCUGAUAGGUUCCUCAAUAUUAUUUACAUGUAUAAAAGCAAUACCACACUCACAAUCAUGCUGUUGUUCUGAACAUCAGCACUCUUGCUCGUGUGAUAUUGCUUAAUUGUAAUAUCAAAAAAUAUUCCUUUAGAAAAAUGCUAAAUAGAAGCAUUUUCACAAGUGAACUCAAGACUUUUGAACUGAUUACAUUCUGUGCUUGCAGCAUGAAUGCACAUGGCAAUUAGGGGUGGAUAAAAAUAUUGAUUUCCCAGUGCAUCACGAUCUUCAUUUGAACAAUCUCGAUAUGAUUCUUAAAUCCCAAGAUUGAUCUUUUACUCUACGCGCAACCCUCCACUACAAUGAGAGGAAAUCACUUGCAUUUGCAACCAAAUUCCGCGCUAUGCGACAAAAAAUGUAUAUAUUUGGCAACUGGCUGGUAAAUGUUUAUAUUUCACUCACCAGUGAAUUAAUUGUGUAGUAUAGUGGUGAAGUAUUCAGCUAUGAGAUCCUUUCACUUUGUGUUGAGAUUAAAAGUUGUUUCGUGUAAUGUGUCUAAAGACGAAAUCCACAUGACCCAUUUGUCAAUUAAUCUCUUUUAAUACCCUUUUUUUUAAAAAAAAAAAGCUCAAAUAUGACCAAAAUGAUGAAAAACUAAAAAACAAUCAUUAGUAAAAUGUAUAUUUUCAUAUUGUAUCUAGUUAGAAGGUCCUCUGUAUAAUUAACAGCUUUAGCUGGAAUAUAAUUUAUUUCAUAUAGAAGCAAAAGGGACAAUAUCAUUGAAAUAUUUAUUUACUUAUAUUUUUGAUGCCAUAUCAGCAGCAAUGGCUAUAUUCAUGGCAAAGACAACAGUAUUCAAAUUAAAUAAUGUUUACAAUAGUUUGACAGAUACAAAAAUCCACAUAUAUAACAAUAAUAACAGUAGUAGUAAUAACAGUUAUAUAGAGUUUUUCAGUUUAGUAUGUGAUAGGAAUUCUAAAAAAUGUCCCGGAGAGACCUUUUUGAAAAUGUACAUCAAUAUAUUUUCUGAACAAAAACGUUGUCUAAUAUCAUUUAAAUAUGGACAUUCUAUCAAAAUAUGUUUUACACUCAAGAAAUUCUUACAUAGAUCACAAACCGGUUUCACUUCCCCUUUCAACAAGUAUGAAUGAGUGAGUCUUGAGUGACCAAUUCGACAUCUCGUAUAUACAACCUAGUCAUAUCUAUUUUCAAAGAGGAAAUAAUAAACUCCUUGAUUUAGUACUGGGUUCACAUCAUGUAGUUUGUUAUAUAUGCAUUCAUUCCAUUCCCCAUUUGUCAUUUGUUGUGAAUGUACAGAUUCAAUAUGGGUUUAACAUCAGAUACUGGUAUAUUACCUUCUGUCAUGUCCAACUGAAGUGCUUCCUUAGCAGCUUUAUCUGCCUGUUCAUUGCCAGCCAGUCCCACAUGGCCUGGUAUCCAACAAGACACAAUACUGAAAUCUUGUUUUUUUUUUUUUAAAGAGUCCACUUUUCCUAUUAUGCUAAUAAUUGUAGGGUGUUCUGUUUUCAGAGCUUCGAGUGCUUGCAGGCAAGAUUUAGAAUCUGUACAAAUUAGAAAGUGACGUUGUUGUUCCUUUUCUAUUUGUUCUAAAGCUAGUAAUAAUGCACAAGCUUCUGCUGUGAAUAUUGAAGUUUGUCCAGAAAUACACUUGCCAAAACGUUUUGGGCCAAUCACUACUGCUGCAGAUACAUGAUUGUCUGACUUUGAUCCGUCUGUGUACACUGGUACAUGAGAUGGUAAGCUGUAUUUUAUGUCCAGGAAUUUCUCCUGGUAGACGUUUGGAUGAUUUAUCUUUUUAGUAUACUGAGCCAGGUUCAUCAUGAUAGUUGUUUUUUUUAAUAUUCCAGGGCAGUAUAGGGCACAGAUGUGUCGAUGUUAGGAUAUCCAGAUUAAUGUCCAUGUUCUCCAAGUGUGUUUUUGUGCGAAUUCCAAAAGGACUGAUGUACCUGGGUCUGGCUUCAUACAGAUGUGAAUGUUGAGGAUGAAAGACUGAAGGAUAUGCUGGGUUACUUUCAUUAGCUUUUAGCUGAACUGCAUAGUUAAGGGCCAAUUUCAGCCUUCUGUUAUAUAGUGAUGGUUCUCUUGCUUCUGUAUACAAGCUUUGGAUUGGAGAGGUCCUAAAUGCUCUUAGUGCAAGUCUCAAUCCUGUAUGAUGUACUGUAUCCAACAUUUUAAUAUAUGACUUCCUGGCAGAUCCAUAAACUGCGCUCACAUUUUUGAUCGAACAAGUGUCCUAUAGAGUCUCAAGAAUACUUCACAAUCUGCACCCCAUUUGAUCCUUGCUAGCACUUUUAUAAUAUCCAUUGCUUUGAAGCAUCUAUUCCGCAGCAUUUUGAUAUGAGGGAUGAAGGAUAGUUUAUUAUCAAAAGUAAGUCCUAGGAAUUUUGUAUCUUUUAUGAAUUUUAUAGGUUCCCUUUCCAAAAAGACUUCUGGCUCGAGGUGCAUACAUCGCAAAAUACAAAAAUGCAUACAUACAGUUUUUGAUUUAGAAAAUUUAAAUCCAUUUUGUACUGACCAGUCAUACAUUUUAUUUAUACAUAUUUGUAUUUGUCUCUCAAUUACGUUCAUAUUUUUGCCUUUAUAACAAAUGCACACAUCAUCUACAUAUAGGCUACGGAAUAUAUUAGGCCCCAAAACACUUACAAUCCUGUUAAUUUUAAUGCUGAAAAGAGUUACUGAAAGUAUACUUCCUUGGGGCACUCCUGAUUCUUGUACAUGCAAUUCAGAUAGCACGUUUCUUACUCGAACACGAAAAACUCUAUUAGAUAAAAAAUUGGAAAUAUGAAUGGGUAUCCCCUGAAACCCAUAUUGUACAAAUCUUUUAGAAUGCCAUACCUCCAUGUAAUAUCAUAAGCUUUUUCUAAAUAAAAUACAGCUAUUACAUGUUCUUUUUUAAUAAAACCAUCUCGUACAAAAGACUCUAAUCUUAUAAGGUGAUCAAGAGUACUUUUUCCUCGUUGCUUCUUUCCAGUUAGCUGGUAUUUUUCCUGAUUUUCAAAUGCUAUUGAGUACGUUCAGUAGGAUCAAUAGUAUAUUUUGGGGUAGAUGUUUCAAGAACUGAUAGUGAAUUGUAUCAGGUCCAACUGCAGUGUCGUUGGAGUUUUUAAUAGCUUUCAGAAGUUCUUCCAUUGUAAAAGGCUGAUUACACAGUUCGGUGUUAUCCGAAGAGAAAUUAAGUUUUUCCUGUUCCUGUUUUAUUUGUAUUUUCUUAAAUCUGGGAAGGCUGUUUUCUAGUGAUGAAUUUCUCUCGAAUGUCUCCGCCAGUUUAUUAGCAAUAUUCUGUUUUGAUGUUAAUAAAGUAUCCUGAUUUUUUUAUGUUGUAUUUGUAGUCCUCCUUCCUUGUUGGUGUCUGUGACGUUAAACUUGAUACGUAUUUUUUCCAACUCUGCCUCUUUGUUUCAUUAAUAAUUCUUCGUGCUUGUGCUCUAAUCAUUUUCAAUCUGAUGAGGUUUUUGGUUGUUGGAUGUUUAUUAAAGGUUCCUUCUAACUUCUUCCUAUCAGCAAUAGCCUUUUUACAGUCUUCAUUGAACCAUGGGUUUCUCCGACGGCAUGACAUUGUUGAUGUUUUUGCCACAGUUUUUUCUGCUAUUUCAAUCAGUAUAUCGGUAAAUUUCUUUAUCGGAUCUUGACAAUAUAAUUGAAAUAUACCCAUAUGAAUCUACAUCGACUUGAAAUCUAAAGCUUGUGAAUCGUAAUCGAAUCAGGAAGUCUGCAUCAAUACGCAGCCCUAAUGGCAAUGCUAUGGAAAACAAGUGAGUAAAAGCCAAAUGGGCUGAAAAUGACAUAGAAAC